AUGCCCACCAUAACGCCCACCGUGCGCUCAACACUCAUGCACGCGGGUGUGUCGCAGCUCGUCGGCGCGACGGUCAUACUAGUGCUCCUCUAUACGUCCGCAUACGCCCUCGACUUGGCCCCCUCGCCGUUUGCCGGCCCCUCGCUACCACCAAUGUCGACGCCCAUGCUUGAUGAAAGGCUGGGGGAGCUGGUGCUCCCGCCGGAGAUGGAUCUGGAGAAUGACGCGCUGUUUGCGCUUAUGGUGAGGUGUCGACCAGUGAGGUAUGUUGCGCACAUACGGGAGGCGCGGGAGGGGGCGGAGAGGGCGAGGGCGAGGGUGGGGGAGUUGGAGAAGGUGCUGGAGGGGACGGAGUGUGCGUGUAGGAGUGUGGAGGGGGGUGAGUUGAGGAAGAGGGUGAGGGGUGAGCUGAGGGAGGCGAGGAGGGCGGAGAGGGAGGUAAGGGAGAGAGGUGGAUGGGGUGGGAUUUGGAGGGGGAGUUGGAGGUGUUGGUGA